AUGCGGGGUGCUGCUGGGUGCCUGGCACUGAAGGCGCUGGAUGCUGGAGAGGCCACCAAGCAUUGUGGACUGCAGGAGCUGUGUGCUGGAGGUGUCUGCAUGCAGGAGCUGUGUGCUAGAGGUGUCUGCAUGCAGGAGCUGUGUGCUGGAGAAGGUGUCUGCAUGCAGGAGCUGUGUGCUGGAGAAGGUGUCUGCAUGCAGGAGCUGUGUGCUGGAGAAGGUGUCUGCAUGCAGGAGCUGUGUGCUGGAGAAGGUGUCUGCAUGCAGGAACUGUGUGCUAGAGGUGUCUGCAUGCAGGAACUGUGUGCUAGAGGUGUCUGCAUGCAGGAGCUGUGUGCUGGAGAAGGUGUCUGCAUGCAGGAGCUGUGUGCUGGAGAAGGUGUCUGCAUGCAGGAGCUGUGUGCUGGAGAAGGUGUCUGCAUGCAGGAACUGUGUGCUGGAGAAGGUGUCUGCAUGCAGGAACUGUGUGCUAGAGGUGUCUGCAUGCAGGAGCUGUGUGCUGGAGAAGGUGUCUGCAUGCAGGAGCUGUGUGCUGGAGAAGGUGUCUGCAUGCAGGAGCUGUGUGCUGGAGAAGGUGUCUGCAUGCAGGAGCUGUGUGCUGGAGGUGUCUGCAUGCAGGAUCUGUGUGCUGGAGGUGUCUGCAUGCAGGAUCUGUGUGCUGGAGAAGGUGUCUGCAUGCAGGAGCUGUGUGCUAGAGGUGUCUGCAUGCAGGAGCUGUGUGCUGGAGAAGGUGUCUGCAUGCAUGAGCUGUGUGCUGGAGAAGGUGUCUGCAUGCAGGAGCUGGCUCUGGAGAAGCCCACACGGUGCAAGUGA